ACCAAAACUCGCACACAUGCGCAGGAACCGACAGAGAGACGGAGACGGCUUUUCAGCAGCAGCUAAGGGAUUACUCCUAUUUUCGUCUCCAUCCUUCAUGGGUACCAGAGUACUGGAGGCCUGAGAUGGAGUCCAACAGGACACAGCGAGACCUCUGAUUUCUUCAAGUUGGUUGCAAGCAUGAUCCUUCACAGUGCAAGAUUCACAGUCAUUCUCAGUUUUACUUUGUUCUGCAGCAUAAAUGCUGCAUUCAUGAGUGGAGAUGAAGGAGACCAAAUAUGGACACAGAUGAGCCCUAUCAAAGAGCACAAAGAAGUCCAUCCUGCUGGCAGCUUAAUAUGGACCAGUCAGACUUCAAAAGCCAAUACAGACACCACCACUACUUCAGCAGUGGCUAUUUCAUCAAAAGCACAAAUCUCUUGGUCAGGUACCCGUAGUAACACUGGCCAUCCCUCUCGAACCACCAUAUUGGCAACACUGGGGUCACCUUCCUAUGCAGCUUCACAGGUCCAGAGCAAGGUAUUCAAAGCUGCAUCAUAUACACCAUCUCCUGACCAAAUCAGACCUCACAUGAGGCUUAGUGAUGCCUGGGUAUUGGGGAAGACCAAAGCUUUUGCUCAAAGAUCAGAUGACACUGGUCUGAAACAGAAGCAAUCAGACCUACUGACUACUAUACAGGAUGACAGAAGAAUGGUAGAGGAGUUCACCAGGAAGCCAGCUCGCCUUGGUACCAACUUCCCUGGAGACACUUUAAAACGAGACUCUACCCCAAGUCGGGCAAGUCAUGGCUCCAACAAAGUGCAUGAACGUCUAUAUGAGAAAAACAACAGUCUCGAGACCUUAAAGGAUGAGACGCCCAGACCAACUCCAGAACUGACAGCACGCACUCUUACUUCAGGCUUGCUUUCACUUAAUGACUGGAAUGAUGACUUCACUGAAUCCUCCUCCCAGCCUGACUGCAAUAUCCAAACUACAGGGGUCUGCAACUCUUCCAACGCUCCCUGGAGCUUUGGUCUCCCUGACAACCUCUCCAGUGCCCUGACUCCUGCUUUCCCAAUGCCCCCUCCUGGGAAUAUGACCCCAUUUCCUUCUAUAAAAAUGACCCCACCUCUUUUGGUGCCAUUAUUUUCAGACUGGAAUAAUGCAAUGGCAACGUGGGGCCUGGCAUGGGAGCUCCAGGUAUACGGACUUGGUUGUGUUUUUUCUCUGGUGGCUGUACUGUCUGCACUAAGCUUAUUGUGCCUGCCUCUGUGCCAGCCAUCGGGCUGUGCCAACUUCACCCUUCUGCAUCUCAUGCAGCUGCUUAUUGGCUCAAGUCGGGCUUUCUGGCUCAUUUAUGACCCCUAUGGGCAGAAAGAGCGCCUCCCUGUGGCCUGGGCACGGCUCCUACAUGAAACUGGCUACCCAUGUUUAACCGGAGCCUUUGGCAUGCUGCUUGUGUUGCUUUCUCCUCAGCUACUCUCCCAGAAUUCACUGCGGCGGUGUAUUUGCUUGCUGGCUGCACUCAUGCUGCUUCACAUGGCCACAGUUAUAGGGACAGUUGGAAUAUUAUGGAUUUUCCCUGACUUUCCUGUUAUUGCUCUGCUGCCCCCUGCUGCCUUCCUGCUUCUCUCAUGUCUCCUCUCCACUUUAUACCUGCUGCUCUACUGCUGUGCCCGCAUUGAGGCCAAGCACAUCUACAGGCUGAGGGAGAAUUCCCCUGAUCGCAUGGAAUGCCAAGCCAGAGAGUGUCCCCUCAGUGAGGCAGGCGUGUGGGAACGGGCAGCUGGAAUGGGACUGUUCUCGGCCCUUUUUCUCCUGGCAUGUGCAGGACUCAGGCUUUAUGCCAUUCUGCAUGCUCUGGGUCUGACUGGUGGCAUAAUGGGGCUCAUGCCUUGGCCCUGGUGGGUCUUUCAGCUGAGCUGCAGAGUAUGUGAGGCAUGUGUAUGCCUCACUUUAUCGCUCAUCCUCACACACCCUCUCCUCUGCUGUGGAGUUGCUCGCCCCAAACUAAGUUGCUGGAAUUCAUGGUUCACCAGGUCAUCCACCAGGAACACAGUGAUUACCAAACCCCAAAUCCUGACAAGUGGCUGGACCAAGAAAACUGGAGAGACAUUGCAUGAAAGCAUGUCACGACAUGAGAGUGAGUGUGUGCCACUUUAUACCCUAGCAGAGUUGCCCCUUGGAGAACCAGAAGGCCUGGACCUAAACUAUCCCAACAGCCCUCAGCUUGCCCCUUCAGAACUUCCUAAAAAUGGACUUUUGGUCUCUCAGACAUCCUUUGUCAGUCUCAGCUGCGAUUCUACUGUAGAUCUGAGGCCUCCAUCUCCGAUUGACUUGCGGCGAAGCAUUGAUGAGGCUUUAAACAGUGAGGCUCUCUUCCACCGCAGCCUGUUCAGCUCCUCCAGGCUGUCCCUUAGCACACGAGGGCCUCCAGAUGGCCAGCCAUGCAGAGGAAUACCCGCAGAACCAUCCCUCUAUCGCACUGCAUCUUGUGGAGAUGUGGAUAUGCCUUCGGCACCAUCACCACCUGUUCUACGGAGCAGCGCAGCAUGGAAGGCCUCCAACUUUAGCUCUUUACGUGGAGGAACUAGAAGUCAUGGAGGUCAGGCAUCUUUUUACACUGGUUUCGGUUCCGGACGGCACUCUCAGAAGCAAUACAGGGCUCUAGGCUCUAUUUCUUCCAGAGAGCGUUUGUAUGACCAGCAACACAUUCGCACACAAGCUGAUGAACUGGCUGUGCAAGCUGAAUUCAUCAAUGUCUGCAGACAGAUAGAUGCACUGAGUGUCUGCAGUGACACCAUCGAACUAUAGGUUCAUGGGACACACAUUUGGACAUUAUGUAGGGGCUUAGAGUGGAGAUCAUCUACAGCUCAACUGGAUGGACCUAAUUUUUCAAAAGUGAUUCUAUUGGAGAUGGAACACCUAUCUCUGGCUGUUUGUAACAGCUAAUAACUUAAAUUAAGUUGGCAGACAGUUUGGAAAAUGUCCCUGCAGUGGUUUUGGUGUAUACCUUUAAGAAAUUGAGGAACUGAAAAUAUAAAGUUUGAGUUACUACUGGAAAUGUAACUGUUUUAUGGCACCAUAAAAUGUACCAGGAGAAAAAGAACUGGCAAAGGGUUUAAUCUCUAUAUUCACAAAAUCUGGAUUUUUUAUUUUUUUUUUUUUUUAUGAAAGGAAAAGUGCUUUUAUGCAUUCUUCAGUUGUCUUAUAGCAUUUUCUUGUGUAAUGUUAAGCAAAGUGGAAGCUUAUUGUCCUUGAAAAAGUUUAGUGUUCUUUUUGAUGGCUGUAUAGAUCUUGCUCAAGUAAUAUACCUUCCUAUUGAGUUGUACAUGGAAAUAGGUUCAAGUUAAAAAGCACCAUCAAAGUUUGGACAAUUAGUUUGCUUUGGGAAUACAAAGUGAUAUGCAAAUUUCCUGACAAAGUACUACUUCACUACAAAUACAGUAUAUCUGUUGGUACCAUCACCACCUGUUUUACAGGCAAGGCAAGGUGUGGAAGCAAUCAUGGAAGGGCUUUUUCUCGAACAGCAAUAUAUCUACAUUUAGCACUUUAUGUAUUUUAACAGGAUGUGGCAUCACUGAGAGUGGAGUGUGCUCAGGUGUGGCUUUUACUAUUUACUUUAAAAAAAUUUCAUGUGAACACUAAACUGACAAAAAUGUCUAAGUUGAGAAAGUUUGUAAUACUUAUAUAGCAACACCAGUCAGUGCAUGUACGGGAGAAAUAGUUGUGCAGUUUUAGGCCCUUAUUUCCUCUCCUUAAGCAAAUACACAAUAUAAAGCUACAUUUUAUCUCCACUUUAGCGUUCACGCAUUCAUUUUUGUACUAAGUAUUGUAGCAAAUCAAACCUUCACUAAUACAGUACAUCUGUGUUUGUUUUUUAAAAAUAAAUAAGCCUAUAAAUAAUGAUAAGUUAGGCUGUUAGCACCAUGCCUCUGUAAUAAAUUAAUGGAUGAAUGCACAAAUUAAUAAAACAAAUCUUUACCUUUCAGGAUUUUAAAUCAUCUGUCUAGAGGUCAUGAUCUAUCCCAUUUUGUAGUGUUAUUGUAACACCAAGCAUAGUAUGUACACUCACUGACAAAAGUGAGUGGAAACAUUUGAAGCUCUGGUGAAUUCCAUGCCCAGGAGAAUUAAGGUUGUGCUAGAUAACAGUGGUGAUCAAACAAAAUAUUGACACUUAUAUGG